CAACUGCUCCCCUCCAUCGCUUCGCUGUACCAACAACUCCACCUUUCUCUAACCCUUCUUCCUCUCUACUUCUCAUACCCGUGGCUUCCUCUGUGACUUUGCAACCUGCACAAUAUACAAGCGCCACCAUGUCAAGCGCGCAAGUGCUGAAGGCCGACAAGGACUUCACUAAAGAGGUCGAUAAGCUUCUACCAGAAGCCCAACAGCUUGCAAAUCAAGGCAAUGCUCAAGCCGCGAUCGAGAAGUUACUUCUGCUCGAGAAGCAGACCCGCCAGGCCUCUGAUCUAGCGUCUACGUCUCGAAUCCUCGUCGCCAUAUGCACAAUAGCUAAGGAAGCCGAAGAUUGGAGCUUGCUGAACGAGCAGGUGCUGUUACUGUCUAAGAAGCAUGGACAGCUCAAGCAGGCCACCACCAAGAUGGUACAAGUGGUGAUGGGCUUCUUGGAUGGUACACCGAGUCUCGAGACAAAGCUCUCUGUAAUCGAGACCUUGCGGACGGUCACCGAGGGCAAGAUCUUUGUAGAAGUCGAGAGAGCCCGCAUCACCCGAAUAUUAUCCAACAUCAAGAAGGAACAAGGUGACAUCACCGCAGCUACAGAUAUCCUGUGCGAGCUUCAGGUGGAGACGUUUGGUUCUAUGACACGCCGAGAGAAGACGGAGUUUAUUCUACAGCAGGUGGCGCUCUGCAUAGAGAAGGGCGACUGGACACAGGCUGGUAUUCUUAGCAGGAAAAUCAGCACGCGGUACUUCACACGGAAGCCGAAGAAGACUCCCGAGCAGCUAGAGAAGGAGAAGAAGGAACGCGAAGAGAAGGAGAAGAACAGAAGCGCUGAUGACCCACCAGUGGAGCCAGAAGACGAUGUCACGGAUCUUAAGCUUCGGUACUAUGAGCAGCAGAUCACACUAGCCAAGCAUGAGGAUAAGUAUCUUAAUGUUUGCAAGCAUUACCGGCAGGUACUCGAUACGGAAGCGGUUGAGGAGGACCCAAAGAAACUCCGCGCGAUCCUCCAGCGAGUCAUCUACUUCGUCAUCCUCGCCCCAUACGACAAUGAGCAGUCUGAUCUCAUCCACCGCAUCCAGAGAGACUCCCGAAAUUCCGUGAUCCCGCAAGAUGCGCAGUUAGUCAAGCUGUUCACCGUCCCCGAACUUAUGAGGUGGCCUAUGGUUGCUAAGCAGUUUGGUCCUCACUUGACGGAAACCGAUGUCUUCGAUGCGGAGAAGGACGAUUCGGACGACCCGAAGGCACACCAGCGAUGGCAGGACCUACGAAAGCGGGUCAUUGAGCACAACGUUCGUGUCGUCGCCAAGUACUAUACUCGGAUUCAGAUCCCGCGGCUUACACAGCUUCUUGACCUUACCGAGGAUGAGACGGAAAAGUACAUUAGCGAGUUGGUCACGGCAAAGACCAUCCACGCUAAGAUCGAUCGACCGGCCCGUAUCGUGAGCUUUGCUAAGCCCAGAGAUGCUGAUGAUGUGUUGAAUGAGUGGAGUGGGAACAUGAAGAGCUUAUUAGGACUGUUAGAGCGGAUUGAUCAUCUCAUCACUAAGGAGGAGAUGAUGGCGCGGAUACAAGCCCCCACGAAGGCAGAGAAGGGCAAGACAACUAAAGCAAAAUAAGGGAGAGGAGGCAUGCAUUGAUACACAAGGAAAGCCUCGGAUAGUCUAGACAUAAGGCUUCUAUAGCUUGGGCUCGUCGCAUCAUAUGCGCGAUGUAAUAUAGACGUCUAACGAUGUCUCGUCCAUCUAGGUGCCGUAUCCGAUCUAUGAUCAACGCCAUACUUCCAGGUAAUGCUUCUACGAUCAGAAAAAUCAGAACGGGACAUCCAUAUCCUCGACACUCU